GAAAUAGCUACUGAGCUUCCACCAUCCUGCGCUAGACAUUUGUACCUCCUCUUUUUCUUUCUAACUGGGAUUGAGUGACCGGAGAGAAUUUCACCGGCGACCGGCCGUGAAAUCUGAAAAUGCUGACGGCGAGAACCUUUCUAUGCAAGCCAUUCAACUCAAGACCGCCUUCGUGGGCGCCGAGCAGCGUUAACCACGUCGCAGCUGCUAACACCAAGAAAAGGCAGAGUGAUACUAAUUUUGAUAAAUUCAAGACCAAGGAGAAUAAGGGGUGGUUUAAAUUUGGAAUUACUAGUACUGGACUUUAUCUUUCCAGUGGGGCUCGCCGUCGCCGGAAUUCCACUCCCAUUACAACAACCGCCGGCGUCGGUGGUGACAGUUCAGUUACAGAGUUGGAUGACAAUAUAAGGAAAUUACUGCAAGCUGUCUUAUGGGUUGCUGAGGGAGUCUACAUUUUGUGGCUCUUCUUGCUUCCUUAUGCUCCAGGGGAUCCUGUGUGGGCUAUCAGUUCAGAGACGGUCAAUUCUCUAGUGGGCCUGUCUCUCAAUUUCUUCUUCAUUUUGCCGCUGUUGAAUGCUGUUGGAGUUCAUACAUUGGAGGCACCAGUGCUUCACCCGAUGUCUGAGGGAUUGUUCAACUUUGUUAUCGGUUGGACCUUGAUGUUUGCUCCUCUACUGUAUACCGAUUGGAGAAGAGACAGAUAUGGGGGUUCGUUGGACGUUCUGUGGGGAUUCCAAAUGUUCCUUACAAAUACAUUCUUGAUACCAUACAUGGCCAUCCGUCUGAACAAGAUCGGCACGGAAUAUAAUCCAAGGAAGACGUCUCAGCUAGGUUCCAUUAUGACUAAAGGUGCACCAGUUGUUGGACUGAUUGGUGCAGCUGUUUGUCUGCUAUCCACAGUGUGGGCGCUCUACGGACGAGGAGAUGGAAGUUUUGGGAGUGUACCGGAAAGAUUAGAGUUCUUGAUGAGUUAUCUGGGCUCUGAAAGGCUUGCAUAUGCCUUUGUUUGGGAUAUCUGUUUUUAUGUAAUAUUCCAGCCAUGGUUGAUAGGAGACAACAUACAAAAUGUUCAGAAAGAUAAUGUUGCUGUAGUUAGGUAUCUUAGAUAUAUCCCUGUAGUUGGUUUAGUAGCAUACUGUCUUUGUUUGAAUCCAGAUCAGGAGACAUAGCUGGAAUAUACAUCAGCUCACUAUAGGUGUUUAAUUCUUCAACUUUAUCUGAUACUCAGCUCACAUUUUCUGUUCCUAUAAAAUUUUUAUCUUGUAGUUUCUAUUUAAA